AUGUCUGAAAGAUAAGUAUGUAGUUUUAUUGAAAUAAAUAGAAAGCAAUAAGAGCCUAAUCAGCUAAAAAUCCUAGUUAAAAAAUACCUCCUAGUCAACCUUAUGGAAAUUCUAUAAAAGGAUUUAAAAUGUAACUUAAUUUAUGUUAAAAAGUGUUAAAAAAGUAAAAGUGAAUAACUUAAUGGAAGAAAGACCAUAAAGUGGUUAGAAUGAAAUAAGAGCUAAAUAGAUUUAAUAAGAAACUGAUUUUUUUAGAAAUAACAUGGAGGUGUUUGAUAAAGAAAGACUUUUUGAGCAUUUAUCUUAGGCUAAAACAUAGAUCAAUAACUUGAAGACGGAUAAUUAUUAAUUAAAGACAACAAUUUUAUAAUAAGAAGUAUAGGCUAAAUAUAUAUUCAUAGAAAACGAUAUAAAAAUAUGAGAGAAUUAUAGAGGAUUUUCAAAAUAAUGGUAAUUUGAAAAAUGUAUAGAUGAAAUUGGGAGUUGAGGUUAUAAUGAUGUAUUGAUAUUGUUAGACAUCUUUAUUUCUAUAAAUGAAAAGAUAAAUAAAAGAGUAACAAAAUGAAUUGAGAGAAAAAGAGAUUACAAUAUAAAAUUAUAAGAAAAAUGCAAAAGUAAGCAAAUUUCAAGAGAUGGAUGUAUAUAAUGAAUAAUAAUUAAGGCUGAAAUUAGAGAAGUAUAUGAGGAACUAUAGAGAUUAAGAGAACUAUUGAAGGAAAGAGAUGAAAUAUUAGAAUAAUAAUAAAAGUAAAAUUAUUAAUAUCAUAGUCAUGCUUAGGAGUAUUCAACAAAUAAUGAAUUUGUAAGAGAGUUGUAAUAGUAGAAUGAAACCUAUUUGAAGGAUAAUUAGGAAUUGGUUUAAAUAGUCAAGUAAAUUAAUUAUGGAUUUUAGACUUUAUGAAGAGAGGAAUACAUAGUUAGAAGUUUAAGUGUAAUAAUAAUAGAAAUAAAUAAAUAAAUAGACAAGAGAUAUGUAGAUGUUAAAUUAGAAAUUAUAAGUAUUUAAGAAGAGAGGGAUGAAUGGUUAAUAUUUAAUCAGUUAAGAGGAGAUUGAUAAGGACAUAGAAGAGAGAACUAAAUUAAAUUAUUAGGUUGAAGAAUAUAAAGACAGAAUUUAAAAAUUAGAGUAACAAUUAAAGAAAUUUUAAUCAGACAAUAGAAAAUAAUUAGAAUAGAAAUAAGGAAGAAAUCUUUAGCAAUAAUAAUCAUCAAGUCCUAAAAAUUUAAAUAGUAAUAGUUCUUAAUAACAACAAAUUGUGUAGUUAUAAUAAUAGGAAUAGUUAAGAUAAAAUAAUAGUACAGAUUCUAUUUUACUUGAUUAAGAAUUAGCAUAAUGUUAUGCAGAUGAAAUUCGUUGUUAGUUAUAUUUAGAUAAUAUUCCAUUUGCUAAAUUCAAAGAAGUAUUGAAUUAUUUAUAUUAUAGAAAUUGUCAACUUUAAAUAAAGGAAGACUUAAUGAAAAUGGGGUUGUUGAAUUUUUAAAAACUAAAUUAGAUAUGGAUGCAAUCAAAGCUUAAAAGUUUGCAAAAGCAUUAUUGAAAAGUGAUGGAUAUGAUUAACCAAUUUAGAAAAUGAUAAGUGCAAAUAGAUUUAAAAAUAUGAUUUUAUCUCUUGUUCAGGAUUAUAUUACAUAUGAUGGAUCAUAAAUAUAUUAAGAAGUUCGUAAAGUAAAUAGAGUGUUAUAUUAUAUAGAUUUUAAUGAAAAAUAAAGAAGAACUUACAAGAAAAUUUAAAUUAAAAUUUCCAAAAUAAGAAUACAUUAAUAUAAGAUAAUUUGAAUAAAUAAUUUUGGAAUCUUAAAUUUCAAUUACUGAACUGUAAAAAGAUUAAUUAUUUAUUCACAUAUAUGAAGUUUAUAAGGAUUUAAUUUAAUUAUAGUGGGAAUAGUUUUUUAGAGAUGAUUUUAAAGUAAAUCAAUAAGCAAAAGAGUUUAAUCAAUAAUAAUUUAAUUAUUCGCCAAAUUCAUAAAAAUAAGAUAUUCCUAAUGAUUAUAUUAAAAUAUAGACUUAAAAUUCAGAUUCUUCUAAAUAGGCUAAGAUAAGAAGUAAUGCUAGAAAUUCAUCUUAAAUAAUUGAUAAUGAUCCUAAUUAUUAAAAUGGAAAAUAAAAAAAGAAAUUAGAUGAAGAAGAAGAAAAUUAUGAUGAUUAUUUUGAGAAAGAUGAAGACAAAAAUUCGUAAAAUUCAGUAAAAGCAGAAGAAUAAUAGAAAAAAUAGAAUGUAGAAGAAGAAGAAUAUUAAGAAGAGUUUGAUGAUUAUUAAUAAAAACCUUAAGAAGAUUUACAAGAUGCAGCUAUGAAAAUUUAACUUGCUUUUAAAAAAAAAAAAUAAAAAGAAGAAGGUAAGAAGAUUUUAGAAGAAUAAAAAGAAAAAAAGGGAAAGUAUUUAGAAGAUAAAGAAAAAAAAAAGAAAUAAGAAUAAUUAUUAAAGAAAUAGUAAGAAGAUAAAAAAAGAUAUGAAGAUGAAUAAAAGAAGAUUUAAGAAGAUUAAAAAAAAAAAUAAGAAGAAUUAAAACGAUAAGAAGAAGAGAGAAAAAGAAAAGAAGAAGAAGAAUAAAAAUAAAAAGAGGAAUAAUAAAGAAGAUAUGAAGAAUAAUUGAGAAAAGAAGAAGAAGAGAAAGCUUUAUAGAUUUAAAAUGCAUAUAAAUUGAAAAAGUAAAAAGAAGAGGGAAAGAAAAUAUUGGAAUAAAAAAAAAAAGAAAAAGAAAAAUAUUUAGCUGAAUAACAAAUUAAAAAAUAAUAAGAAGAAUUAGAAAGAUUAAGGUUUUAGUAAGAGUAAGAAGAAAAAGAAAAAUAGAGAUUAUUAAAAGAAUAGUAAGAAAAAGAAAAAUUUUUAAAAGAAGAAGAUGAUGCAGCUUUAAAAAUAUAAUUAGCAUUUUAAAAAAAGAAACAAAUAGCAGAAGCUAAGGCAUUAUUAGAAUAAAAAAAGAGAGAAAAAUUUAUAAAUGAGUAAAAAUAAAAAGAAGAGGAUAAGAUUAGAAGAUAGAAAGAAAGAGAAGAAAAAUAAAAAAAAGAGGAAGAAGAAAGUGCACUAAAAAUUUAAAAAGCUUUUAAGGAUAAAAAGUAAAUAGAUGAAGCAAAAUAAAUGUUAGAAAGUAAAAGGAAUGAAAGAGAUAUAUAAAAUUAAAAAAAAAGUUCUAAAGAAAAGUAAGAUAAAAAAAAUAAUGAAGAUGAUUAUGAUUUUGAAUUUGAAUAAGAACUUGAUGAUUAAUUAGAAGUUAAAAAGGAAAUAAAAGCUAAAGAAGAGGAAAUAAAUAUGGCAGCAUAAAAAAUAUAAGGAGCUUACAAACACAAAAAAAAUAAAUCUGAUGGAAAGAAAUUAUUAGAAGAACUUAAGGAGGAAAGAAGAAUAGAAGAAUUGAGAAAGAAAGAAGAGGAUUUAAAAUAAAAAGAAUAAAAAGAACUUGAUGAUGUUGCUGUUAAACUUUAAAAAGCUUAUAAAAAGAAAUAGUAAAGAGAAGAAGGAAAGAGAAUAUUAGAGGAGAAAAGAAAAGAAAGAGAAUAAGAAGCUUAAUAGAAAGAUAAUUAGCAAGAAUAAUAAUAGUAAGUUUCAUAAGAAAUGAAAGGAGAGAAUGAAAAAAAUGAUGAUGGAGCAUAAAUUGUAUUAUCUUAGAAAAUUGGUGUUGAUGAUGGAUAUGGUGAUGAGAAAUUUGAGGAUGGUAAUGAUUAUUAAGACAGAUUUAAUAAUCCAGCCUUAGUAUAAAGUAAACCUUUGCAAAAUUAAAUUGAGGAAGAUGAAAAAGUACCUGAUGAUCCAGUGGCAGAAUAAAUGGAGGAUAAGUUAUUUAAUAGUGUUGGAAUUAUUGUAAAAAAUUAAUAAAUAAAAUUUAGAAUUAAUCCAUAAAUAAAGAAGAAGUAUCUGAUGCAGAUUAACUUUUAUGA